AUGGUCGUGAAACUUGAGCUCACUGGUCAUUCAGAGGUGGAUGGUGUUGUGUGGUACGAUGUGCAGGUGACCAAUGAGAGUGGCAGGUCCUGGCUCCUGCAGAAACGCUACAACGACUUUGCGCAAUUGCACGACGAGCUGAAGCAGUCCAAGUCUCUGGAACUGAAACCUCUACCUGGAAAGGAGAGCCUGAAUCCUUUGAAGCUGCUGGCCAAAGAUGGUUUCUUGGAUCGGCGCACGGAAGGACUCCAGUCAUACUUGGAGGCCUUGGCAGCACAAGUGCAGACUCUUGCACAGGAUCCCGUGCUCGAAAAGUUUCUGCAAGUGGACUUGUCUGUAGAGCGAGAACCAGGUGAAAGCGCAGAAGCUGAAGCAGCAACAAGUACUGCGGCUCAGUACUUUUCUCCCGCGUGCCAUCAAAACGCAGCGAUGAUGCGACAGCAAUCUACCAAGGUGGGCAAGGCCACCCUGCUGUUGGCAGCUGUGACGCUACUGCUCUACAGGUGUACUACUUUCAUCGCACCUACCAGACAUAGUUCCCGUCGCGAGUUCCUGGGCGCUGCUACCGUGGCCGCCAUCCAGGCGGUUGGAGCCCCGGCGGCGCACGCGGCGAUUGCCAGAUGGUCUGGCAUUUAUGAUGAUCCCAAGCAUCCGGGCUGUGAGCGCUCCAUUACCAAGGAUGGUGGCGACUUUGUGAUCUCGGGAACUAGCUCAGAAGAUGGCAACAAAGCAUGCCUUGAAGAUGCUCCGACCAAGAGAUGGUACUUGAUCGCACAACAAGGAGAAGCAUCCGAUGAGCUGCUCGUGGAUUUUUCGUCCAAGGGAGGACCCAAGGAUGCCGUUGCCAAGUUCGAUGGAGAUGGCAUUGUCUUCCCAGAUGGCAACAGAUGGUCCAAGAUCAAGCGCAAGCCUGGCGCUGCCGCAGCAUCAUAUCUGGAUGGUCCAGCAUCCCCACUGAAGGGAUUUUCCAAGGGAAAGGUACCGCAAUAGCGAGCGCCUGCAAAGGCGCCACUCCCAAAUCUCUCGCGCGGGCGAUGAACGCCGAACGCCACUAGAAAA